UGUCAUUGGUGGAUGACCGCAGCUCUUGCCGCUGCCGCUGUCACUGCGACCAUGGCCUCUGGCAGCAGCUGCCUGGCAGCCGCCCGCCUCCUGUCGCGCUCCUUCCUUCGGCAACAGAAUGGAAUUCGGCAUUGUUCCUAUAUAGCUUCCCGGAAACAUCUCUACGUUGAUAAAAAUACGAAGGUUAUUUGCCAGGGUUUCACUGGUAAGCAGGGCACCUUUCAUAGCCAGCAGGCACUGGAAUAUGGCACCCAACUAGUUGGAGGAACCACUCCAGGGAAAGGAGGCAAGACACAUCUGGGCUUACCAGUCUUUAAUACUGUGAAGGAGGCCAAAGAACAGACAGGAGCGACAGCUUCUGUCAUUUAUGUUCCUCCUCCUUUUGCUGCUGCUGCCAUCAAUGAAGCUGUUGAGGCGGAAAUGCCCUUGGUUGUGUGCAUUACUGAAGGUAUCCCACAGCAGGACAUGGUGCGGGUCAAGCACAAACUGCUGCGUCAGGGAAAGACCAGGCUGAUCGGGCCUAACUGCCCUGGAGUCAUCAAUCCUGGAGAAUGCAAAAUUGGCAUCAUGCCUGGCCAUAUUCACAAGAAAGGAAGAGUUGGUAUUGUAUCCAGAUCUGGGACCCUGACUUAUGAAGCGGUUCACCAAACAACACAAGUUGGACUGGGGCAGUCUUUGUGCGUUGGCAUUGGAGGUGAUCCUUUUAAUGGCACAGAUUUUAUUGACUGCCUUGAAAUCUUUCUGAAUGAUCCAGCCACAGAAGGCAUCAUAUUGAUUGGUGAAAUUGGCGGUAACGCAGAAGAAAAUGCUGCAGAAUUUUUGAAACAACAUAAUUCAGGUCCCAAGGCCAAGCCUGUGGUGUCCUUCAUUGCUGGUUUAACUGCUCCUCCUGGCAGGAGAAUGGGUCAUGCAGGGGCGAUUAUUGCUGGAGGAAAAGGUGGAGCCAAAGAGAAGAUCUCUGCCCUUCAGAGUGCGGGAGUUGUGGUCAGCAUGUCUCCUGCGCAGCUGGGAACCACCAUCUACAAGGAGUUUGAAAAGAGGAAGAUGCUAUGAAAGGAAAACCAAGAAGUUGCCUAAACCUAUGGAAUGAAUCAUUAUGGAAAGGUUUCCAUCGCAUCGUAUAGCAGACAGCCAA